AUGUCUUCUUUCAAGAUCGGGUCUGUGAAGACAGAGGAGAUCACCUUUGAGGACCUGGCAGAGGAGCACGACUACAGGGUGUUCAAUUUUUGGACUCUGGUCAGCUACCUGAUCAUGCUCACCGAGAUCUGUCUGAGUUUCGGGUUCCUGGCCUCAGAUAUAUACACUCUGGUGCAGAUCUACGCUCUGAACGAUUGGGACAGCUACCACGCCAUCAGCUAUGUGCCUCUGCUGGCCUAUAGGAUAAUUUUCACCACGUGUAUUGGCAUCUCCAUGACAUGGCUUAUAGCCAACUGGUGGUACGGAAUCCACAUCUAUCGAACCAACAGCAUUGUGCGGUCGCAUCUGAACGAUGUCGCCCGCCAGAUCAACUCCUUAAAGUCCUACGAACGUUUUUGCAUUUACGAGAGAUCCACCACCAAGUCGUUCUUCGACUGGUUCUCUCUCACCACAUACCGCUCCUAUUAUUUUUCCAUCUACCUGUGGCUUCUGGCAGAUACUCCGAGACAGAUUCUGAACGGCGCGACGGUGGCCUAUUCGAUCUCAAACUCGUUCACGUCGAGCGAGAUUGUCAACGUCGUGGUGGCUAUUGCGCAGACCAACAAACGCGAGGCUGUGCUUCUAUCAUUCAUGACGUUUUCCUUUAUUGUGUGGGUGAUUUUCACGGCCAAGUACAUCUGCGUGAUCAUUGGCUCGUUCUUUGUGGUCAGCAAGGUCCACUCCAGACACGGAACCACGUUUAGAAAAUACUGUCGACGCUUAGUGGCCGACAGCGUGAUCGAGCUGUACGAAAAACACGAGGAAGAGCUACGGAGAAACCACUAUCGGGAGUACAAGGACAGGGCAGACCUGGCUGAAAAGCCUGCAUCUUUCACCAAAGAGUCUCUGCCCUUCAGAGACGCCUACGACAACUUCUCCAAGGACUCGCUGCAGAAACCGGUUUUUGCCAGAGAUCCGUUCAAAUCGACCAACAACUCGUCCGAUUCUCUCCCCAGCUUCCCCGAAGAUCCUUUCAACGAGGUGAUCAACGUCUCGCAGACCAAACAUAACCGGGCCCUGGCAGAGAAGCUUGAUAUCCCGUAUCCGCAAGAGCUGGCUCUCAGUAAUUCCACUAUGACCGACUUCGACCCCCACGGACAGGACAUCUACGUCUCCAAAUCGAGCACCUACUCCUCGCGCAAGCCGAGCGACAACUCGAUAGAGCGCACGCUGCUUGUCGACCGCGCUCCCCCACGCAACAUCUACGCUUCCGCAUCGCUCGACCAGAACCUGAGAAAAUACACAUAG